AUGCACAGCCUUCUCAAACGAUGUCCACGUAUCAUAUCGGCGUAUUUCUUCGGCUGCAAACGAUGGCUCGUCCCUCGAGUACACGAGGCUGACGUUACUCUGAACACGGCCGCUUUACUGCUACGUGAAGUCACUGGCCGAAGAGGGUCCGCUAAGACACCAGGAUGCGUUGCGACAACAGGUCGUGUGGGCGUCGUGAUAACAGAUCACGGAGGAGUAGCAGCAGCAGGCCCCUCGUAG